UCGAAACCAGGCGUACCGCAAGGAGGGAGCUUCUGCAUAUUCGCGCUGUUAUUCCAACUCCCUUCCAACACCGGUCUGACUGUGAAGGUUGCUGAAAUGUCUCCCUUCCUCCGCAUUGGUUUCUCCAAUUUUGACAGUGGUCCCUCACAACAGGCAGAAGACAUCCAGAACCCUUACUGUGCAGUGAUUGUGAAAGAGGCAGUGGACACAGAGAAGGGCCAGAUCUUCAUGCAGAAGAAGCCCACCAUGUACCCUCCAUGGAACAGCACCUUCGAUGCUCACAUCAACAAGGGUCGCGUCAUGCACAUCGUCAUCAAGGACAAAACAGUGGAGCUGAUCUCUGAAACUACAGUGGAACUUAAUUCCCUGGCCGAGAAAUGUAAACGCAACCAAGGAAAAGCAGACAUUUGGUUGGAUUUGAAACCCCGUGGUCGAAUGCUCAUGAGCGUGAGGUACUACCUUGAACAAAGUGAAAACAAGGAGAGUGCGGAAGGUGAAACCGAAGGCUUGUUCGCACUGCACCAGCGAAGGGGAGCCAUCAAACAGGCCAAAGUUCACAACGUCAAGUGCCACGAAUUUAUCGCCACCUUCUUUCCACAACCCACAUUCUGCUCCGUCUGCCAUGAAUUCGUUUGGGGGUUGAAUAAACAAGGAUACCAGUGCAGACAGUGCAACGCUGCAAUUCACAAGAAGUGCAUCGAUAAGAUAAUCGCAAAGUGCACAGGCUCAGCUGUGAACAGCAGGGAGACAAUUUUUCACAAGGAGAGGUUUAAAAUUGACAUGCCCCACAGAUUCAAAGUCUACAAUUACAAGAGCCCGACCUUCUGUGAGCACUGCGGAACGCUGUUGUGGGGCCUGGCGAGGCAAGGGUUAAAGUGCGAAGAAUGCGGAAUGAAUGUUCAUCACAAGUGUCAGAACAAAGUGGCCAACCUGUGUGGCGUUAACCAGAAGAUGAUGGCUGAAGCCUUGGCCCAAAUAGAGAGUGAACAACAGGCCCGUACUCUGCGUGACAACGAAUACGUCAGUCGAGAAGGACCUGUUGGUGUUUUCAAAAAACCAGCAGACACUCAGCCAGCUGCUACCUCUGCGAGAGAGGUGCAAGGAAUCACCUGGGAAAUGCCAACGGAAGAGGGGGAGAGCAGCCCCCCGGACUCUCCCAUCUAUGAAGAACCACCCAGGAUUGACAAGCACAAGUUUACAGUCGAUGACUUCAUUCUGCACAAAAUGUUGGGGAAAGGUAGCUUUGGGAAGGUCUUUCUCGCAGAGCUGAAGGACAAGAGUCAGUUCUUCGCCAUCAAGGCACUGAAGAAAGAUGUGGUGCUCAUGGAUGAUGAUGUGGAGUGUACUAUGGUCGAGAAAAGGGUUUUGUCCCUUGCUUGGGAACACCCGUUCCUCACACAUCUCUAUUGCACAUUCCAAACUAAGGAGAACCUGUUCUUCGUAAUGGAGUACCUAAAUGGUGGGGACCUGAUGUUUCACAUCCAAAGCUGCCAGAAGUUUGAUGUACCAAGAGCAACGUUUUAUGCAGCUGAAAUCAUCUGUGGUCUCCAAUUUCUUCACACCAGGGGCAUUAUAUACAGGGACCUGAAGUUGGACAAUGUUCUGCUGGAUGGAGACGGCCACAUUAAAAUUGCAGAUUUUGGCAUGUGUAAAGAGAAUAUCCUCAAUGACGCAAGGACCAGCACGUUCUGCGGGACACCUGACUAUAUAGCACCUGAGAUCCUGCUUGGACAGAAGUACAGCAUGUCAGUGGAUUGGUGGUCCUUUGGAGUUCUUCUCUAUGAGAUGUUGAUUGGCCAGUCUCCUUUCCAUGGUGGAGAUGAAGAUGAACUUUUCCAAUCCAUCCGCACAGACGAUCCCAUCUACCCACGCUGGCUGGGCAAGGAAGCCAAGGACAUUCUAGUCAGGCUCUUUGUCAGGGAGCCCGAGAGAAGACUGGGGAUAAAGGGGAAUAUUCGGCAGCAUGCCUUUUUCCGGGAUAUUAACUGGCAGUCGCUGGAAAACAGAGAAGUGGACCCACCUUUCAAGCCCACCGUGAAAUCAAAAAGUGACUGCAGCAACUUUGACAAGGAAUUCUUGAAUGAGAAGCCAAGACUGUCGUGUGCAGACAGGACCCUCAUCAACAGUAUGGAUCAAAACAUGUUCAACAAUUUCUCCUUCACCAACCCCAAGAUGGAGAGAAUACUUUGAUGAAGAUUAAAUGAUGUCGUAGAAUAUCUUUCGUCUGUAACACUGAAAGAGUUUGAAGUUCUCCGUUCACUCAUGAAGACAGCAUGCUCUUGGAAUCAGUUGUUGAGAGAUUCUGUGUUGAACUUGUGGCAUGAAAUAGUGGUAUCCCAUUUGUUAAAUAUACCUGAAUAUACCUGGACACAUGUAUUGAAAGCCAUUUUGUGAGAGCAUCAUCCUUGAUACCUGAGAAGACAUACUAAUUGUGUUUUGGACUAAACCCAAGAGGUACUUGUGCCUAAACGUGGUGUCUAUAAUCUUCAAGCACAGUUGCUGAAGGACUAGGCCAACAUUGCAUGUAGAAAUGUUUAGUUUUUGAUUCAAUGUGUUUGAAAGUAUUAAUUUCCAUGUGGACUGCUGUUUUGUGGAAGGUAUUUCCUUCUUUUUUCAGUUGUGGGCAUGUGGUAACGCUUCCUUUUCAAGUGUUGACAGCACUUGCACUGAACUUGAGCCAAGGUCAUCAACAUAGUUCAUAAGGUUCUGUCUGAACACGCAGGCCAACGAUACAAACCGUGCACAGCCCUCGGUGAACUGGAGUGGGAUUUACUCAUUGGCACAGGUGGACCCACUGCUUGGGACAGCUGCUGUCUUUGCUGAGUCAGUAAAAGGAAAAUCUGGACAACGUUUACCACCCUGACCCCUCCCCUCAGCACCACCAGAUCUACUAGUGGUAAAUCAACCUCUGUCCCCCACUUCAAUUAAUGUUAAUGUUGGGCUUAUCCUUGAACAAUGUUAAACACCAACUGUGUGUGUGUGUGUGUGUGUGUGUGUGUGUGUAUAUGUGUGUGUGUGUGUGCCUAUGUAUAUGAGUGGUAUAGAGUGUGUAUGUAUCUGUGGUACGGGGGUGUGUGUAUAUGUGGGGCAGGUAUUUGAGCAUGUGUGUGGUGUUGGGGUGUGUAUGUGGCAUAUAUGUGUGUGGGGGGCAAGUAGUGUAGGGGUGUGUGUAGGGGCAGACAUUUGCGCAUAUGUAUAGUGUGGGGUGUGAGUGUGGAGGGUAUUGGUGUGUAUGUGUGGUGUGGUGUAGGGAUGUGUGUGUGUGUAGUGUAGAAGUGACUGUGGGUGCCUGUUUAUGUGUGUGUGUGUGUACAUACUACAUUAUAGAAGAUCAUGUGAACAGUGUUUGUGUGCCUGUGGUGUAGAAGUGGGUGUUUGUGUUAUAGAAGUGCUGGGGGGAGUGUGUGUGUGUGCAUGUGAAGUCUGUGUUUCAUGUGCAUUCCAUCACUGGGGUGGUCAAUCAGUUCAUUACGAUGAGCUGUUGUUGGCAUGGUUCUGUUAACUUCUUUCAACACUGCCCUGUCAACUGGAAUAGGAUAUGGAAAGUCACUGGGGUUAUUCUGGGGAUUAAGAUUGGAUGGAAUCUGGAAGCUUGAAAAGUCUAAGCAUGUUGAAAUAGGUCAGUUAUGUCAAUAGUGUCAGGCAUUUCCAAUUACUCAAUCAUUGCAAGCAUAAAUGGAGUUGGGUGAGACAGGGAAACUUGCAUGUACUGGGCAUUAAUUUAUCCUGGAUGGAAUUGGGAUCAUCCUAUGUAGGUGUCUGGCUAUUCAAGAAUUUGAGUUGCAAGUACCCAAUAAAAAAAGGUCAUGGACAACAGUUCAAACAAGUUUUCUUAAAAACUCAAUCUCACCCAGGUAAGAAUUACUUAGGUCAAAACCUCAUCAUUAAACUGCAAUUUUCCUCUUGUUAAUUUAAAUAUUUUUUUCUCUGAAUGCUCUACUAACCUCCAAACCCACCCAUCCCAUCUCAUUUGCCACUGUGCUGAAUUCACCUUCCACACACAACCCCCUUCUGUCCCUGUGUAAAGCAAUCAACUUCCAUUUACAAGGCAAACCAUCCCAAAAUGUCCCAAGGAGGUUUUCAUCAUAAAUUGUCACUUAAGCAUAAGAUCAGGAGCUUGGCCAAGAGGUAGGUUUAUUGUCUCAAAGCAGGAGAGUAAGAUGGAGAGGUGUAGGGAGGUAAUUCCAGGUCUUGGGACGCAGAUAGCUGAAGGCAUAGCCACCUAGGAUGGAGCAAUUAAAUUCGAGGAUGAUCAGAGGCCAGAAUUAGUGGGCGUGGAGAUAUCAGACCAUGAUAGGACUGGAGGAGAUUUCAGGUGUCGAGGUGGUGGGAUGGGAUCAACUCUGUGGAGGGAUUUGAAAUCAAGGAUGAGAACUUUAAAAUAGCUUAAUAAGACCAUAAGACAUAGGAGCAGAAUUAGGCCAUUUGACCCAUCGAAUCUGCUCUGCAGUUCGAUCACGGCUGAUUUAUUUUUCCCUCUCAACCCCAUUCUCCUGCCUUCUCCCCGUCACAUUUGACACUGUUACCAAUCGAGAACCUAUCACCCUCCGCUUUAAAUAUACCCAAUGACUUGGCCUCCACAGCCCUCUGUGGCAACGAAUUCCACAGAUUCACCACCUUCUGGCUGAAGAAAUUCCUCCUCAUCCCAGUUCUAAAGGGACGUCCUUUUAUUCUGAGGCUGUGCCCUCUGGUCCUAGACUCUCCCACUACUAGAAACAUCCUCUCCACGUCCACUCUAUCCAGGCCUUUCAAUAUUUGGUAGGUUUCAUUCAGUUCCAAUGUUCUCUUUUGGAUUUUUCCUUUUCCAAUCUAUGGAUGUUCAGAAAACAAACAACCUGCUCUAUUUGCCUCAAUUUCUGUUCACCCCCCUUACUACAAUCCUCAACUUUAAACCAUUCGAGCAGAGUAAAAGGAUAUUUUCAAAGCGGCAUUGCUUCAGAGCUUGUGGUAUCAAACUGAAGUUACCAGAAGUGGUCACGUUGGCCUGGAUUCUGCACUCAGUGAUGUUUGGUGACACCAAAGAAAGCUAUCCACAAAAAUCGAGCAGUCUCUGUAGUAUGAAAUUCCCCUUUUCCCACGCUGGUUGACGUCAGGUUCAACAGAAUCCCUGGCAUCCAACACUUAAAACGACACCAAAUUGCCUGAGCAGCCAAUCACAAAAAAGAGUUCUGAUAAACCAAGAAGCAACAAAUGCAAUUUUUUAAUUAACCAUUUAAGCAUUUUACAAAGCACUAAAUAAAGAUCGGAACACGUGUAUGAUUCUGAAUGAAACGGAAAUGUCUUAAAUAAAGAUUUUUAAAGAGACUUCCAUUUUUUUAAAAAUCCAUAAAUUUAAAACAUUUAUCUGUGGGAAUUACAUUUAUUAAAAAAAUAGUAUUUAGUGCCAGAAAGCUUUCUAAGCAUUAAUCAUUAGGCCAUUAAAAAAAUCAGAACAAAGUGUAUUGUUUCAAGGGGUUUUAAGGUGAGAUUAGUUCCUACGUACCUUGUGCUCAGGUCGAGUGAAAGGACUUCCUUUAAUUGUGAUGGAGAAGGUUGCAACACAGUAAGCAGAAAGAUUGAACUACUCACUGCAUCUUCAAUUUAACAGUACAUCAUCUGCAUGGAAAUCCCAGAGUUGCCUGUCCAUUUCACUGUGAGUGACAGGGAGGGUCAACAACUUUACCAACAUUACAACCACAAAAUCCCACCAAUUACUGUGAAUGUAUUAUGCACUGUUCAUUUUUAUUACUGUGAAGACACAUUUUGCAUCUUACUUGCACUAAUCCUGCAAUCGUUAGAAUUAUUCUCCACUCUUUAACAAUAAAAUAAUUUUUAUCGCCCCCAAUGAGUGCUGCAAGUAUUUACGGCUCUGUUGAGAUUAGAAGUUUUUUCAUCGCACCUGUACCUCACCAUACUUGCACGCAUGACAAUAAAUUCAACUCGACUCGAUGUUGCAUUGGCUUUGGCAUCAGUGGAUCUGUAACUGCCAAGGUUCACAAAGGUAGAGCCCAAGGCUGCUUGCGAACAAAAUCUGGACCUUCGACAGUGCUAUUGGGUCAGAGGGACACAUGUAAUCCAGUGCACAUAUACACCAGACUGAUCAGGAUGUAGCUCUGCCUGCACUACAUCAGUGAAGGAACACCCUCAGCUUGGGCAGGGCAAAUCAGAGAGGGCUGCUGUUGCCAUUAUGGAUGUCAUACUUAGGUCGAUGUUGAAUGAGCCAUCAGCUGAGCUUUGUAAUCAUGAUCUGGAAUUAUAAUGUUCAAAGAAGA